ACGCGGCCUUCGUUUUGGCUUUUCGCGUUCUCUCUCUUUCACUGUUUACAAUUUUCUUUUUUCAAAAUAAAAAAAAUAGAAAAAGAAAAAAAAUUUGUUUCUCUGUGGAAACAUAAGAGCGUGAUCUCUAAAAUCAAAACCCCUGACUCCACAUAAUAGCCAACUCGUGACUUCUCAAAAAAGUCAUUUAUUGUAGUUUACGGCCGGAGUGAGUAAGUAGAAGUUAGAUCUUAUUGUUUGCUGAUUGGAUUGAUGGAAAAGGAGGGAAAGUGCUGGAAAGUGAGGGAAAGUAUUUAUUAUAGUGAGAGGAAAUGAAGUUUUACAUAUCAGCGACGGGGAUUAAGAGAGUGACGAUAUCGAACUCCGGCAAGGGAUCGUUGGUGGCGCCGGCUCUGACUCUGGCUAGCCGUAGGAUUUCUGGUUCCCGGGCUUUGUUGCCGGUAGUGCUGGUGCUUGGAAUCGUUUUGCCGUUUUUCUUUGUUAGAGUUGCGUUUUUGGUGCUGGAAUCUCCCUCUGUUUGCUCUUCUUCUCUUGAUUGUAUAGGACGGAGACUUUUCAGCGGGAGAGACACGUCUCUGAGACUCAGAGAAGAACUGACGAGAGCGUUAAUAGAAGCAAAAGAUGGUACCAGUAACGACGGAGUACAGGUUUCAUUAGAAUCAUUCAACGAGCUUGUGAAGGAGAUGACGUCCAAACAACAAGACGUCAAGGCCUUUGCUUUCAAGACCAAGGCUAUGCUUUUGGGGAUGGAGCGUAAGGUCCAAUCUGCUAGACAACGUGAGUCGAUAUACUGGCAUUUAGCCUCACACGGUGUCCCAAAGAGCAUACAUUGCCUUUGCCUCAAAUUGGCAGAAGAGUAUGCAGUAAAUGCAGUGGCCAGAUCUCGUUUACCUUCACCUCAAUAUGUUUCCCGUCUCACUGACCCAUCCUUUCGCCAUGUUGUUCUCCUAACCGACAAUGUCCUUGCUGCCUCUGUAGUUGUAUCAUCUACUGUCCAAAACUCUGCCAGACCUGAAGAAUUGGUGUUUCACAUAGUCACUGACAGGAAAACUUACACUCCAAUGCAUGCAUGGUUUGCAAUCAAUUCUGUUAAAUCAGCAGUUGUGGAAGUUAAAGGAUUGCAUCAAUAUGAUUGGUCUCAGGAAGUGAACGUUGGGGUUAGAGAGAUGUUAGAAAUUAAUCGUUUAGUUUGGAGUCAUUUUUACAACAAUUUGAAGCAAGAAAACUUUGAAUACGAGGAAGGGCAUAGAAAAUAUUUGGAGGUCUUAAGCCCUAGCUGCCUGUCUCUUAUGAAUCAUCUCCGAAUUUAUAUUCAUGAGCUGUUUCCAGAUCUCAACAAGAUAGUGUUAUUGGACGAUGAUAUAGCAGUACAACGUGAUAUAUCAUCUUUGUGGGAAUUAGAUCUCGAAGGGAAAGCUGUUGGUGCAGUUUUUGGCUCGUCAUGCGGAGACAACUGUUGUGUAGGAAGAAAAUACAGAGACUACUUGAAUUUCUCUAACCCAAUAAUCUCAUCCAAUUUUGACCAUGACCGUUGUGCUUGGCUUUUUGGAAUGAAUGUCCUUGAUCUUGAAGCUUGGAGGAAGACUGAUGUCACAGCAACUUACCAUAAAUGGUUGAAACUUAACCUCAAUUCUGGAUUGACAUUAUGGAAACCAGGAGUGCUUCCACCAGCCUUACUCGCUUUGGAAGGUAAUGUGCAUCCUAUUGAUCCUUCAUGGCAUGUAGCUGGGCUGGGACAUCGAUUCCCAGAAGCUCGCAGAGAGAUGUUGAAUUCCGUUGCUGUUUUACAUUUUAGUGGCCCUGCAAAGCCAUGGCUUGAGAUUGGGUCCCCAGAGAUACGAAGCUUAUGGACUAAACAUGUAAAUUCCUCAAACAAGUUUAUUAGGAAAUGUAGAAUCAUGGGGUGAAGAGGACAAAGUCCUCUCAUUUCCACAUUCAUUUUGGACCAGAUCAAAGUUGCAGUAUGAGACCAGAGGGAAGAAGGUUUUGGCUUCAGUCUCUGCUCAUGCUUUGCACAGUAUGAUAUUAGUUAAAUCCUGUCCAUAAUAGAAAAUAUGUGAAGGUAUCAUGCCAUAUAUAGUCAUCAUGAAUUUAACAAUAUUGUAUAUUUUAGUCAGAAAUUACUAUCUAAAUGUUGAAACUGGUUCAUGACGUUCUCUGUACAUAUUGCAUUUAUUUAUAUUUUGUCGUCUGGUUCCAAGU